AUGUUCAGAAACAACUACGACAACGAUGCCGUCACCUUCUCCCCGCAAGGGCGGAUAUUCCAGGUUGAAUACGCACAGGAAGCAGUGAAGCAAGGAUCCGUGGUCGUGGGAUUGGUGAACAAGACACAUGUAGUGCUGGUCGGCCUCAAGCGUAAUGCCGAAGAACUUUCCUCCUAUCAGAAGAAGAUCAUCGAGAUCGACUCCCACAUGGCCAUUGCCAUCGCUGGCCUGGCCUCAGAUGCCCGCGUUCUUUCCAACUUCAUGAAGCAGCAAUCUCUCGGCUCCAAGAUGACUUACGGCCGGCCAAUCCCCCCUGGACCGUAUCCGCAGACCAACACGCAGCACUACGGAAAACGGCCCUACGGUGUAGGCCUAUUGGUGGCUGGUGUCGACGAGGCCGGCCCGCACCUGUUUGAGUUCCAGCCCUCGGGCCUCACACAUGAGAUGGCUGCCUGUGCUAUCGGUGCUCGUUCCCAGAUGGCCCGCACGUACCUGGAGCGGAAUCUCGACAAGUUCCCCGAUAGCAGCCGCGACGAGCUGAUUACCCACGGUUUGCGAGCUCUCAAGGAGACACUGUCGCAGGAUAAGGAGCUCACGGUGGAUAAUACUUCUGUUGGUGUGGUUGGAUUGGCGCCUGAGGGAUCAAAGGGCCGGAUUGAGAGCUUCAAGCUGUACGAGGGUCAGGAGACGGUGCCCUUGUUGGAGGCCCUUGAGCGGGCAGAUGGUGCCGCAGAGGAGUCCAUGGAGGUCGACUCAUAA